AUGGAUGACAGCGCAAGCGAGUGCAGCACGGUUAUGACAGCGGCGCCCAUCGACCCAAUGGAGUACUGGCGGCAGCACUCCACCGUGCGUCUCACGCAGCAGCAUUGGGCGAGUGAGACCGAGGACACAGACUCCGCUGAGUCCUGGCGUGGAGGGGACUGCGGCUCGUGGGGCGCCUCGGGCACCACCGCGUACGGUGCCGCGUACGGCGCUGCUUGCGGCGCUGCAUACGCGGGUUGGGGUGGGGUGACGCCAACAGCGCCAACAGCAUCAACAGCACCAACUACGCACGGCAACAGCACGGGUUGGGGCUCUUCCACCACAUCCGCCGUCGCUCCCUGGUUGGAAAAGGCGGCGACACGGUCGGCUCCGGCUGCAGCUAAAGCAGCAGCAGGAGGAGGUGCAUCAACGAUGGGAGCAGCAGCAGCAACGAGAGCUCCUUUCCCUGUGACGUCGGGACAUGUUCCUGCUGACAUGCGGCCGACCCGUGAUGCGGGUCAGAUGCCGAACCAGCAUCAAGCUUGCUAUCCUGCUCCACUCAGUGCCAACGCGUCUGCCCCUGCUGGCUCUGCCUUAACUGUUGCUGCAGCUGCUAGCACUGCGCCUGCUGGCUCCUCUACUCCCGCUGGCUUCUCUGCGUCCGCCAACACUGCUGUGCUUUCCGGUACAGCUCCUGGCGAUGGCACCACGGCUGUGAGCAGUGAUGGCAUGGAGGGGCAGGCAGAUGGCAAGGUGCCGAUACUCAAUGGGUGGGGUGACAUCGUCGGGUGGAAGGAUGCGGCAAUCGAGACUGCUACUGUGCCGACCAAUGCUGACAAUGGCGAAGGUGCUGUCGCUGGUGCAACUGACGGGGCUGUGGCGGGGGUUGCUGGUCGCUGGUGCCAGCAGCAGCAACAUCAGUUUGGGAGUCAAGCACUUAAGUGGCAGCAGCAGCAGCAACAGCUGCAGUUUGGGAGUCAAGUACUUAAGUGGCAGCAGCAGCAGCAGCAGCAGCAGCAGCAGCAGCAGCAGCAGCAGCACCCGCAGCAUCAGCAGCAGCAGCAGCAGCAGCAGCAGCACCACCACCACCACCCGCAGCAGCAGCAGCAGCAGCAGCAGCAGCAGCAGCAGCAGCAGCAGCAGCAGCAGCAGCAGCAGCAGCAGCAGCAGCACCAGCACCACCAGCAGCAGCAGCAGCAUCAUCCGCAGCAGCAGCAGCAGCAGCACCAGCACCCGCAGCAGCAGCACCAGCACCCGCAGCAGCAGCAGCAGCAGCAGCAGCAGCAGGACUCGCAGCAGCAGCAGCAGUGGGAAGGCUUCAUAGGGAAAACCAAUGAUGACGACUCUUUAAGCCAGUUCAGCUCCUCUAGCGGCUACAUGCGUCCCAGGAGCGCAGCUACUAACGAGGACGCGAGUGUAGUGAGCACCAUCUUGUCCGACGCCAUGUCAGACCUCAACAACCAAUGGGGCGACAGCGCCUUCUGGCAGAGCAGCGGCAGUAGGAGCAACGCGAAUGAAGGUGGCGCCAAUGUCGCAGUGGGGCAUGAGGUUGCGAAGUGGGGGGAUGCUGCCGCCAGGAGUAGCAGAGGCUUGGGCCAGAAUUUUGGCAGGUAUGUGCCACCUGGCAAGUGUGUUAGCGGGAGGGGGCAGGGUGAGGCGCUAGGUGGGGCUUCCGCAUGGGAGAGGAGCAGUGGUGGCAUGGGCGUUGGUCGUGGUGGUGGUGCGACCGCGUGGGAGAGGAGCAGUGGUGGCGUGGGCGUUGGUCGUGGUGGUGGUGCGACCGCGUGGGAGAGGAGCAGUGGUGGCGUGGGCGUUGGUCGUGGUGGUGGUGCGACCGCGUGGGAGAGGAGCAGUGGUGGCGUGGGCGUUGGUCGUGGUGGUGGUGCGACCGCGUGGGAGAGGAGCAGUGGUGGCGUGGGCGUUGGUCGUGGUGGUGGUGCGACCGCGUGGGAGAGGAGCAGUGGUGGCGUGGGCGUUGGUCGUGGUGGUGGUGCGACCGCGUGGGAGAGGAGCAGUGGUGGCAUGGGCGCUGGUCGUGGUGGUGGUGGUGGUGCGACCGUGUGGGAGGGGAGCAGUGGUGGGUUGAGGAGGUAUGCCGUGAGCGCUGGCUGUGCUGUUGGUGCUGGUACUCGUGUUGGUGCGGCCACGUGGGAGAGCAGCACUGGUGGCUGUAGCUCUGCUGCUGGCGAGUCCGGUGGUGCUGCUCUUGCUGGUGGUGCCGAUGGUGGUGAUGCUGAUGGGUGGGGAAUAGGCGCAGCAAAAGGAGGUAUGGCCAAGAGUGAGCCGGAGUGGCAAAGGAAGGAGAUCGUCUCUCCAACUCAUUCGUCCACGUCCUCUCAGUCAGCAGCAGCAGCGAACGAGAGAGCAGAGGAUGCGGGAAGGGGUCCUCUGGUAACUGGCGGGGGGGGAGGAUGGGGAGGGGUAUCAUCAGUAGCGUCAGCAGUGGGAGCAGCAGCAGCGAGGCGUGGUGGGAGUGGUGGUGUUGGUGCUGGUGGUAGUGGUGGCAGUGACGGCAUCGCAUCAAAUGGGGCGAGUGUAGGGGGCGGUGGGGCGGUGGACAAUUGGAGGGAGUUUGGGCAGCAGAGGAAGGCGAAACUGGGGGAGGGCGGAUCCGAUGACGACGUCUGGAAGCAGCGGGAGGAGGAUAAGCAGCUUAAGCCCCAGUGGGACGCAGAUAGCAAAGGCUGGGGAGGGUUAGUGUGGGGGGCCAGAAGCGAGGGCACAGGGGAAGUGGCUGGAGGGGAAACGGGGUGGAGAGGGGCGGGGAGCAUGACGGGGCGAGGGGAGGGCGGCACAGCAGUUGAAGUGAAGUGGAGGAGGGGGGUUGGCGGGGUGGAAGGGAAGGGCGGGGAGUGGAGGAGGAGCAAUGAGCAGGAGGGCACAGGGGCCGUUGGUGAGGGAGUGCGGCGGAGUGGAAGGAACGUCGGUGAGGAAGUGGAGGCGAAUUCAAAGAAGGGAGCAGCAGGGAAGGCGGCGGUUGGAAGGGUUAGAGCGGGCAUGGGUAAGGCGCAUGAUAUGGCACCUAAAGUGGCGUCUGCAGUGGCGACCAUUAUGCCGGCUAGCACUGUGCCGCCCACUGCCAUGGUGUACUUGUAA